AUGCACGCUAAGCUAUUUAGACUACCAACUCACACCCAAAACCUCAAACGUACAGAACUAAGUUAUCCCUUACAAUUACACACUUACUCAAUAAACAGCAAUAGAAGUAUCUUGUACAAUAAUGAAUCUCUGAAUUUCUAUAAUAGACCCUCUAUAGGCGCUGACCUUAAGAAUGGCUACCAAAAUGCUCUCUUUUACGAUAAAAUUGAGCAUUUAGAUCAACUCUUGUUCGUUAUAGAUAAUUUACAUCUAGAUUGGUUUAGAUAUGGCGUUGUCACUUUCAGGGGUUUAUUGACAAAGCUCGCAACCGUUUUAUACAAUUAUCAAGAUAAAUGGUCUAUGAACGCGAUGCUUAUAGGUAACACCGUAUUCUUAAGCGACAGCGAUCCACCAGCUGCACCAAAGAAUGAACACCACAGAAUGUCAAUGUACAGCGGUUAUGCAUUUGAGCAUUAUUGCACAUCCGACGAUCCAGACGUCAAAGUUAAUACUGCAGUACAAUGGGCAACUAUCAAUAAAUUACGUAUAGGAUCAACGAGAAUACUCACAGCCGGUGAAGUUGACUGUGUAGAUGAUAUCCCAAGGGAUAGGGACACCUACAAACCCUCUCAAAGUAAAUACGUAGAGCUAAAAACAAGUAUGCAAAUCAGAAAUCAAAAUCAACAGGAUAACUUCGACAAGAAGCUCCUCAAAUUCUAUUUCCAGUCUUACCUACUAGGCGUACCCAAAAUAAUAGUCGGUUUCAAAAACAGAGAUGGUAUUCUAGUGGAUUUGAAGGAAUACUCCACUCUAGAUCUACCCCAACAAGUCAAAGGAUCUGCCUACGAAUGGAACCCAAAAAAUUGUACCAGUAUGGCGGCUAUGCUCCUCGAAUUCAUCACCUCGACAAUAAAGCGAAUCGGAAGGACUGACAAACUCUACAAAGUCCGGUACAACCCAGAAGAACGCGCUGUUACAAUCGAAAUUACACACCUAGAGGAAAUAAUAUACCCUGCUGAUGAUCUUUAUGAACGAUAUGGUUUCAUUCCUUUGGAUAUAUACAAUAAGUUUCAAGAACAAGCUACUUCUCAUCGAAAUCCUUAAGAUCCCAUUCAGAUAUGCCGAUAUCCUCACCAAGUUCUGUCCACCUUUGAUGUAUUUUCUUUUUACGCUCCUGUGCAAGUCCCAUAAGUUGUGGCCAAUAGUCAUCGUGGUUGUAUGUUGACAUGUCUAAUUUACCACCAAAGCUAUCCUCCAGUUGUGAUGGGUCAACCAUAUCUGAAACGUCAUUCUUGAAUGAUAAUUUCGCUCUAGUGACUGGGUCUAAAAGUGGUGAGAUAAUCUUAAACAUCCAUGUCACAACUGUAGGAAGAUUGAUGACAAAUGCCGUACCAAGUGAUUCUGGAUAAUGGUCGGC